UGGCCUAGCACUCGCACAGACAGCUCUCUGGAAAGAAUGAACGUUCCUCUCCUUCUUUUACUCCUCUUUCAGUUGCCUCGCUCUGCAGUGCUUACGGGAUCUGAACGCGCGUAUUUGGAGCACCAACUUGUCGAGGAAGGGCGCGUAUCAGGGCGCAGGACUGGAAGACUGUACUGUAGAGUUGGAAUAGGUUUCCACCUUCAGAUUCACCCCGAUGGAAGAGUCAACGGGAGUCACGAACCUAAUCCGUUAAGUGUGCUGGAGCUGUUUGCCGUGUCUCAGGGGGUCAUAGGGAUCCGAGGGGUUUUCAGCAACCGAUUUCUAGCCAUGAACAAGAGGGGGAGGCUUCAUGCGACUGAGAGCUUUACAGAUGACUGUAAGUUCAGGGAGCGGUUUCAGGAGAACAGCUACAACACGUACGCCUCAGUGAUCCACAAGAACCAUCGCACUGGUAGAGAGUGGUUUGUGGCACUUAACAAGAGAGGAAAAGCAAAAAUGGGGUCCAGUCCGAGAGUGAAGUCGCAACACGUGUCUACGCAUUUUCUGCCGAGGAUGAACCUACAUGAAAAGACUGAACAAGGAUUCACAAUAACAGACAAAGAGCAGGAAAAACAACCACCUCCACAUGCACCAACACCCUCUAUACCGAAAACAGCAGUCAACACUGGAAAGAAGAAUCGACCGGUAGUCAAAUACUGGCCGAAGUUUCGAUUCGGAUAAACUAGUGUUGUCUUAAACAUGGACAAGUCUUGCAAAAAAGACAAGAUGGGAAAAAGUUUUCCAAUUUUCUCUUCAGGAUAAUCAAUACUUGUUUAACUUACAUGACUUGAGCAUUCCGGUCAUCGUGUACAUUAUACGAACUUCUGAAGUCUGAUGUGCAUUUCAUGAAGAUCUUCUGAAAAUCAUAUAUAUUUGAACUGAAGUUGCUUCACAAGAGGAUUUGCGUAAUUAUCCUCAGUGAUUUUACAAAAUAUAACUACAUUUUUAUAUAAUACCUCACUGUAUUUAUACAAUAUAUUUAUGUCUCUAAGCUUUUUUGCACAAACAGUUAUCCAGCUCCUAAGAUUAUAAUGUUUGUGAUGGUAAUAUGCAAAUAUAUUUUUUAAAAAAGUAAACAGAGUACAGAAAAAA